AUGAAGACACUGGCCCAAAUCCUGGCCCUCUUGCUGACCAUCCUUGGGCCCCAGAUGGUCUCUUUGGCCCCUAGCGCAGGACGAGAAGCCAAGGCCGGCUACUGCUACAAUGUGCCACCCUUGGGAGAUGUCUUUGAUGAGAAGGACUGCAGCGCCUGCCUGAAGAAUGGGACUUGCUCCACUUGUGCCAACGACUCCCAGUGCCCAGGAACCCAGAAGUGCUGCCCAGGAGACUGCGGCUAUGCCUGCCAGGAGGCCAUUUUUGACUUUUGCCAGCUGCCUUCUGUUUGCGGAAACUGCAAGGCCAUGUUCUCCCGCUUCUUCUACAAUGCCUCCACCCAGAAAUGCGAGAACUUCGUCUAUGGCGGCUGUGGCGGGAACAAGAACAACUUUGAGACAGAAGCUGAAUGCUUCAAAACCUGCGGGUUCCUUGGUUCAGCCUAGCCAACCCAGCCCUCAGUUGUGAAUGCAGACGGGGCAUGCUUUUGCCCUCUUUUCCACCAUCCGAGAUCCAGCUCCACACUUGGCUCUGUAGUGCAACUUCUUCCUUAGAGAGAACGGGGAGAACUCCUCCACUUUUGACUCUGUCCCAGGAAGGAUGACAUGCGGUUGGGCUUGCGGAGAGGGUUCCUCCACCCCUCCUUGCAUUCAAUGACUUUCUUGCUCUCCUGAAACCACCCUCCCAAAGGCAUGUGCUCUGCAUCUGUGUGGGAGCUGCACAGCCCUGUGUCGCAACCUGGUGAUACUCCACCAAUUCUGGUGAUACUCCUCCUAGGAUACUCCUCCAGAGUUUCAGUUGCUGCAGGGAUUCCCCUUCCCACUUCCUUGUUCCAGGAGGAUGCCUUCUCUUGCUCCCAGGUUUGGCUCUGGAGACGUGGUCCAAGUGCCUCCUUCCCCUUUGGCUCAUCAGCUGGACUGUUCCUCCUCCUCCUUCUUCUACCACUGCUGCUGCUAUAAUGGACCCUCUGGGGUGGCUGGCCUCCUCCAUUUUGCAGACACCCCUUCCUUGCUGGAAUGGUUGGGUUUCCCCUCCUUGGACCUGCCUGCCUUCUCCUCCAUGGCUCUCCACAAUGGGUUGCAGACCCCUCUCCCUGCACCACAUCAGCCAUGCUCAGGGCAACCAGAUGUCCCCACCGCAAAGGAGGACAAAGCACCAAAAUGUAGGACGCUCCAGAAAAAUGUAGGACAUGACCAAAUAAAAUCCAAAAACCCCCCACAAACACUAAUAUAAACAGAAAUCCAUUUGAUAUGGUUUAUUUACAGCUCUAGUACAUAAGAGUGUAUUUUAUUAUAUAAGUCGUAUUUUCUGCUGAACCUAUCUUUGGAGUUUAUCACUGAUUUCAACAUUAAAGAGAGAUUCAAGCACAUUUGAAGCAUCC